AUGGACAAUUCAACCUGGUUCACUGUGAAUCAGGAACCGUUCGCUCUCCGUACCCUUUUGAGUUAUGGCACUGGUGUGAUGUUGUGCGAUAAUUCUGCGUGCCUGCAUUGA